AUGGCCGACGACGUGAAGUGUUUGAAAAAAUUGAAAGCUUUGCGAGAAGGGGUCAAUUGGGAGAUCGAAGAAGAGCGACGUGAGCUUCUUGAUCAACUUGAUUCUUUAAUCAGCGAUUGGGAGGGCCAACUUCCAAAUCUCCGAGACAUUUUUCGACGGGAAGAAAUUGAUUGGCUCCUCACAGAGUCAAUUGACGGCCAAGAUGAGCCCACUUCGCUCAUGGAUUUUGUGAUCAAGACAGGUUACAAAGACGAGCCCGAAGCAGGCCUAACUCACUUUCAUAUGGCCUGUGAGUAUUGCCUUGAAGACAUCGUCGAGAAAUUCCUCGAUCACGGCCAGGAUCCUAAUGGCCUCUGGCCACCAUCAGGUGAACCGCUGAUACACUGGGCUGAGACGGAGGGAUCGCAGGAGAUGUUUGAAUUGUUGCUGAGACGUGGCGCCGACCCGAACUUGCCUAACAAGGACGGAUUGACUCUUCUGCAAAUAAUUUGCUCGAGUGGCGACGAUGCAUUGGCGGAUAUAAUCUUUGAGCACAGCAGCGAAAAGUACCAGGUUCAGCUCGAUACCCGAGACAAGUUGGGUAAUACCCCGCUACAUACGGCUCUGGAAAAAGGGUUCAAGUACAUAGCCGAAUUAUUGUUGACAAACGGCGCAGAUCCUAAUGCAGUCAAAGAGGAUGGAACGACUCCUUUGCACAUUAUUUGCAACCAAGAAGAUAAAAAUUAUCACUGGUUCAUUGGUAACGCUGGUGAUGAUUCCACGUUGGAGUUAUUUUUCAAGGUCAACGAGGAAAAACAUCAGGUGGUGCGAAUCGACGCCCAAGACAAGAUGGGUAACACGGCGUUGCACUUGGCUCUGCUGCGCGAUGACCAGCAGAUGGUCGAACUACUGCUGAGAAAGGACGCUGAUCCUAAUUUGGCCAACAACGAAGGAUUGACACCUCUGCACAUUGUUUGCAAGAGACGCGUCGAUUAUGAGAACGACGAAUACGACGAUUAUGACUACGCGAAUGAAUUCUUCAAUAUCAUCGACGAAAAACGUCAAACGUUGCGAGUCGAUGCCCGAGACAAUUUGGGCAACACGCCAUUACACUAUGCUGUGGCCGACGACCAUAGAGAAAAUACCAUCGAAAAGCUGCUAAGCAAAGGCGUCGAGCUGAAUUUGACCAACCAAGAUGGAUCGACUCCUCUCCACGUUAUUUGCACGAGAGACCCUGAUCCAGACGAUGAUUUGCCAAAAACGUUUCUCAAGCUCGUCGAUGAUUUCGGUGAUUGGCUGCAGUUCGAUACCCGGGACAAACGGGGUCGGACGCCGAUGCAAUUGGCCGUGGCGAAUUUCAUGCCGCACGUGAUGCGCGCACUCUUCAAGCACGGCACUCAUCUCUACAAUCACGCUAUGUCGAACUUCACUUUUCCCACCGAAAGUUACUUUGGCGAGAGAUACAAUUCAGAGAAUAAAUUUCAACUAGCGUCUGGCGCUCUGGCCGUCGUCGAGCAACUCGAAACAAGACGAUACAAUUUCGGCCGAAGCAACGCCCUGACGGUUAUGAAAUUUUUCCGCGCACGCGGAUUGUUCGAUAAAUCGGCGGAUGAUCCUCAUAAAAGUUGGUGCGACGACAAGGUGUUUACAAACAAGGCGAAAAAUACAAUGGUAGCGCAUGGGCACACAUGGAUGACGCUCUACCAGCUGAUCCAAUUGCGACCUGAAAAGGCGGCGAAAGAACUCACGUACUGGGACUACUACAAGUUGGCGUUCAGCGAUCCCGUCGAGGAGGCUGUUCAGGCUUGCGCUGAGCAUCUGUGCGAAAAGGUAGCGAGAGGAUUUUUCCUACGAUGGGCCCUGGAUCCUUUCUUGGAGAUGACGAGCCACCAACUGCCGACCGAGUGCUCUGACAUGAUCAUCAAGCAGCUAAUGAACGAAGAUUUAUGCAAUAUUUGCUUGGCGGCUGCAAGCCAAAAUUAA